AAGUAUAGGCACUGUGAUUACAUAGUUAAAUGUUCAUUUAGUAGAGCUGGAGUGAAAAAAUACUGUUUCAACUUGAAAUGCUAGAAGAUUGUUGUUCUUGUGUUACUCAUUCAUGCAAAUUGGAGAAGGUAUAAUUGAAACAAGGUUGGCUGUGUUUGAGUCAGUGUGCUGCAGCUGAGCUCAGCUUAAAGGUCGCUGGAAAUCAAGUGCUUUGUAAGUGAAGGCUUUUUGACUACAAGCGAUUCAAGACAUUUUGGAAACAUCAGUCUCAGGAAUGGGUCGUCCUUUUCUUUCUAUGAUAUCCGAUAUCUAAUGUUUCACUGAGGAUAAAGACUACUGCUUAAUAACUUUUUUAGGCACCAUAAAUGAUUUUUUCUUUCGAUGCAGUGCAGCUGCUUCUAGCUUGUCUACGGACAGAGAUCUUUGUUAUGACUUUCAGCCCUUAACAUGUUUGGAAAUGAGAACAAAUGGCACAAAGCUUACGAUUGCACUUUGCAGCCAGAAGAAGCAAUACUUAUCCUUUGUCAGAAACCUCCGGAGAUGAUUUGGAUAGCCAUGUUCACAUGUGCUUCAAAAGACCAACACGGAUUUCAACAUCUAACGUUGUUCAAAUGAAGCUGACUCCCAGACAGACUGCACUAGCUCCGUUAAUAAAGGAAAACGUUAAGUCUCAGGAAAGAUCAUCUGUUCCGUCAUCUGAAAAUGUUAAUAAAAAGAGCAGCUGUCUACAGAUUUCGCUACAGCCAACAAGGUACAGUGGAUGUCUUCAGUCUAGCAAUGUCUUAGCUGAUGGUGAUGAUGCUUCAUUUACUGGUAUCUUGAAGGGUGGCAUUUACAGCAAUGCUGUGGUUGAUAAUGAACUGAAUGCUGUGAAUGAUGGUAACCUUUUAAGCAGUUCUACCAUUUGUAGUGGUAGCCUUAGUAACUUUUCAACCAGUGAUAAUGGAUCUUACAGCAGCAAUGGUAGUGAUUAUGGGUCAUGUGCAAGUAUCACAAGUGGAGGUUCAUACACUAACAGUGUUAUCAGUGACAGUAGUGGCUAUACUUUUCUACCAAGUGAUGAUGCUUUUUUAGGUGGAAAUUUAUCUUCUGACAGCACCUCCAAUAGAAGUGUGCCAAACAGGAAUACUACUCCAUGUGAAAUUUUUUCAAGAAAUCCAAGUACAGUUCCCUUUGUCCAGGAUGACUUGGAGCAUGGAUUAGAGAUUAUGAAAUUGCCAGUGAGCAGGAAUGCAAAAAUUCCACUGAAACGUUGCUCAUCCUUGGUCAUUUUUCCUAGGAGCCCUUCAAAUACCCCACCAACUUCUCCAACAAGUACAGGUACUCUUCUAAGCAAAGGAUCUUAUCAAACUUCACACCAGUUUGUUAUUUCUCCUAGUGAAAUUGCACAUAAUGAAGAUGGUCCUAGUGCUAAGGGAUUUCUUUCCACAGCUGUCAAUGGACUUCGGUUAUCUAAAACAGUUUGUGCUGCUGGAGAAGUCAGAGACAUACGGCCACUUCAUGUGAAGGGCUCAUUACAAAAGAAAAUUGUUAUUUCAAAUACUAGUCCAAAACAGACUGUCUGUGAAAAGUCGUCUGAAGGAUAUUCUUGUGUUUCAGUGCAUUUCACCCAACAAAAAGCAACUGCAUUAGAUUGUGAAACAGCAAAUGGUGACUGUAAACCAGAGAUGUCAGAAAUUAAGCUUAAUUCUGAUUCAGAGUAUAUUAAGCUCAUGCGUAGGACAUCUGCAUGUUUACCAUCCUCCCACAACGUAGAUUAUCAAAUAAAUAUCAACGGAGAGUUGGAAAGACCAAAUUCACAGAAAAACAAAAACCAUGCUGUUUUACAAAGAAGUAUUUCAUUGGGAGGAACUUAUCCAAAUAUUUCCUGUUUAUCCAGCCUUAAGCACAAUUGUUCUAAGGGGGGACCAUCUCAACUACUCAUAAAGUUUGCAUCUGGAAAUGAAGGUAAAGUUGAUAAUUUAUCAAGAGACAGCAACAGAAAUUUCACAAAUGAACUAUCUAAUUCUUGUAAGACAAGAGAUGAUUUCCUCGGUCAAGUGGAUGUCCCACUUUAUCCAUUACCGACAGAAAAUCCAAGAAUGGAGAGACCAUAUACAUUUAAGGAUUUUGUUCUUCACCCAAGAAGUCACAAGUCAAGAGUUAAAGGUUAUCUGAGAUUAAAAAUGACUUAUUUACCUAAAACCAGUGGCUCAGAAGAAGAGAAUGCAGAACAGGCUGAGGAAUUAGAGCCUGGCUGGAUUGUUUUGGACCAACCAGAUGCUGCUUGCCAUUUGCAACAGCAACAAGAACCUUCUCCUCUACCUCCAGGAUGGGAAGAGAGGCAGGAUAUCCUUGGAAGGACCUACUAUGUAAACCAUGAAUCUAGAAGAACACAGUGGAAAAGACCAACCCCUCAGGACAACUUAACAGAUGCCGAGAAUGGUAACAUUCAACUGCAAGCACAACGCGCAUUUACCACUAGGCGGCAAAUAUCCGAGGAAACAGACAGUGUUGACAACCGGGAGUCUCCCGAGAACUGGGAAAUCAUAAGAGAAGAUGAAGCCACCAUGUGCAGCAAUCAGGCCUUCCCAUUGCCUCCACCGUCAAGUACCUUGGAUCCUCAGCCUCACCUUGCAGAAGAAUUGUACGCCAGGCUCACCGUGGGUGGAAACUCAGCCACCAGCCAGCCAGUAUCCAGCUUAAACCAUUCCAGCAGAAGAGGCAGCUUGCAAGCCUAUUCUUUUGAGGAACAGCCUACACUUCCUGUGCUUUUGCCUACUUCAUCUGGAUUACCACCAGGUUGGGAAGAAAAACAAGAUGAAAGAGGAAGAUCAUAUUAUGUGGAUCACAAUUCCAGAACUACUACUUGGACAAAGCCCACUGUGCAGGCCACAGUGGAGACCGGUCAGCUGCCAUCAAGCAAGAGUUCUUCUGCAGGCCCUCAACCACAGGUCCCCACGAAUGAUUCUGCACAGCAGGUGACCCAGCCAUCUGAAAUUGAGCAAGGAUUCCUUCCUAAAGGCUGGGAAGUCCGGCAUGCACCAAAUGGGAGGCCUUUCUUUAUUGACCACAACAGCAAAACCACUACCUGGGAAGAUCCAAGAUUGAAAAUUCCAGCUCAUCUGAGAGGAAAGACAUCACUUGAUUCUUCCACUGAUCUGGGGCCUUUACCUCCAGGAUGGGAAGAGAGAACUCACACAGAUGGAAGAAUCUUCUACAUAAAUCACAAUAUAAAAAGAACACAGUGGGAAGAUCCUCGGUUGCAGAAUGUGGCAAUAACUGGACCAGCAGUGCCCUACUCCAGGGAUUACAAGAGAAAGUAUGAGUUCUUCCGAAGAAAGUUGAAGAAGCAGAAUGACAUUCCAAACAAACUUGAAAUGAAACUUCGCCGUGCCACUGUUCUCGAGGACUCUUACCGGAGAAUCAUGGGCGUCAAGAAAGCCGACUUCCUAAAGGCUCGACUGUGGAUUGAGUUCGAUGGUGAAAAGGGAUUAGAUUAUGGAGGAGUCGCCAGAGAAUGGUUCUUCCUGAUCUCGAAGGAAAUGUUUAACCCUUAUUAUGGGUUGUUCGAAUAUUCUGCUACGGAUAAUUAUACCCUGCAGAUAAAUCCAAACUCUGGACUGUGUAAUGAAGAUCACCUCUCUUACUUCAAGUUUAUUGGUCGGGUAGCUGGAAUGGCAGUUUAUCAUGGCAAACUGUUGGAUGGUUUUUUCAUCCGCCCAUUUUACAAGAUGAUGCUACAAAAGCCAAUAACACUUCAUGAUAUGGAAUCAGUGGAUAGUGAAUAUUACAAUUCCCUAAGAUGGAUUCUUGAAAAUGAUCCAACAGAAUUGGACCUCAGGUUUGUCAUAGAUGAAGAACUUUUUGGACAGACACAUCAACAUGAGUUGAAAAAUGGUGGAUCAGAAAUAGUUGUCACCAACAAGAACAAAAAGGAAUAUAUUUAUCUUGUAAUACAAUGGCGAUUUGUAAACCGGAUCCAGAAGCAAAUGGCUGCUUUUAAAGAGGGAUUUUUUGAGCUGAUACCACAGGAUCUCAUCAAAAUUUUUGAUGAAAAUGAACUAGAGCUUCUUAUGUGUGGAUUGGGAGAUGUGGAUGUGAACGACUGGAGAGAACACACAAAGUAUAAAAACGGCUACAGUGUCAAUCAUCAAGUCAUACAGUGGUUUUGGAAGGCUGUUUUAAUGAUGGAUUCAGAAAAAAGAAUAAGAUUACUUCAGUUUGUCACGGGCACAUCCCGUGUACCUAUGAAUGGAUUUGCUGAACUAUAUGGCUCAAACGGACCACAGUCAUUUACGGUUGAACAGUGGGGUACCCCUGAAAAGCUGCCAAGAGCUCAUACCUGCUUUAAUCGCUUGGACUUGCCACCCUAUGAGUCAUUUGAAGAAUUAUGGGACAGGCUUCAGAUGGCAAUUGAAAACACUCAGGGUUUUGAUGGAGUUGAUUAAACCGCAAGUAACAAUCUAUGGUGUUUCUACUGCCGCAGUUUCAUAAGCAAAAUCUUGGCUUAAAAUUUUCCACGGAACUGCUAAACCUUGGCCACUGAUUCUUCCCAGAUAUCGGAGGACAUCGUAUGAAAGCAUUGGAAGAGAGAUAGUAUGACAAUUUGACCGUGAUCUCAAUCACUUUUUUAAAAUCACGUCACCAGUGUGGCAUUUACACAGUUGUUUCGUUAUAUCUUUGGAGUUCACGCUAUAGGAUGCAAGUCCUGUGUGCCUGAAAUAGUGAGUUUUAUCCUUGACAUUUACCUCUUGUAUAGUAUUUGCCAGGUGGUUCUUUCUUAAACUACUGAAGUUAUAACUGUGAAAUGUGUGUGAUAAAUGUCAUGUGUGAAAAGUUUGAUGCUUUUUGAGAAGGAAAACUGAAAUUUGGGGGUAAAAAUACUUCGAUGUUGAGUAACCUACAAUAUAUUUAGUGCUACUUGCAGCUAUUUAUUAUUUUGUAGACCUGCCUAAUGCACCUUACUGCCCAGAUUUUUAGAUGAACCUUGGAAAGUGUGUUACCUAUAUUUUUAGUUAACUGACUCACUUGCAAAAAGAUUGUUUUCUUUUUCACUUUAAAAGUAUUUGCCUUUUGCUAAUAUGCAGUUUUACCAAACAUGUGGUUCAUAAGACGUGUGAAGCAAAUUCAUAUUUGCAAUGGGUGAAAAGUAUGAAAGCCUUUCUCUUCAAACAUUCAACGAAAGCUCCACAAAGCAGUAUUUUUAAAUAUGCCUUGAAGAACUGAGUUAAAUGUAUAGUACUUGCCUUUACUAGUCAUUCUUUAUACUUGUACAAUUAUGUAGUAAAUAUGUUUACAGGGUUUAUUAUGUUUACAGUUUAAGCUAAUUUCUGUAGUUGCAUUUUUAUAUUUUUAGUAUUACUUUAGUAAAAGAAAAACCAAAUAAUUUGUUUAAAAUAACCAAAGAGUAGUUAUAAUGCAUAGUUUGUAUUGAAUUGCCAUAUUUCUUAUGCUUUUAAAAAAUACUGUUUACCAUGAAAAUGUUUUAUUACAAACCCAAAACUCUCUAGGCAAAAUGCUACAGGUAUAAUCCUACUUUAACCAAAUUGAAGUGUAUAAAGACCAUGGUUGCAUGCAUUCAACAAACAUUUAUUGAAUGCCUGCUAUAAUGCAUAGCACUGUGCUAGGCCCUGGCGUAAGAGUUGUCAGCUUCAAAGAACUCUAGCUCAGUCCUUAUCCUUAAGAAACUUACAAAUGUAUAAAUGAAUUUGUAAACAAUCAAAAGUAGGGGUAAGCAGAAUAAGGCAAAAAGGAAAACGUUCUACGGUGCAGUAUACCUGCAAAGAUAAAGUUUGCCAAGACUAUAUGUUUCAUACCUAUGUUGGAAUGAUUAUAUAGCAAAUGCUCUUACAAAAAAGUAAACCAGGCCGGGCGCUGUGGCUCACGCCUGUAAUCCUAGCACUCUGGGAGGCCGAGUCGGGCGGAUUGCUCAA